CUGGCGCUAUGCUCCGCUCUCUGGUCUCGAACACAAUAUAAGUGUUUGCAUUCACCCCAAAAGAAACCUACGAGCAUUGUUUGAGGUCGUGCUUCUUUCUUGCGUGGAGGAAAAUAUGUUAUAUCCAUGUGGCGAACGCCUACUCUCCCGAGUCCUAGCCAUUCUGAAAGAACCCCGGUUACAAAUAACCUCGGUUACAAGACCGAGGAUCCCCAUGAUUAAACGACUUAAAAUAAUACCACCACGUGAUAGGUUACACGUUAAAGCAAAACUAAAACAAAGAGCAAGCGUUCGAUAAAAGGUUCCCCCGACAAUUCCGUUCUUAGUAACGCUCGUUACUCAGCGGAAGUUGAUAUUCAACUUUUAACCGAUCCGCCUACUAAACGUUCCCCGCUGCCAACGUUUGCAGCGUCCAUGAGCACCAGUAACGUCCCCAGCACGAGCUGAUCUGAAUGCACAGCACGGGACGGGACACGGACUGUUUUGUACUGCGGGGCUCAGCCAGUGCGUUUGAUGGAGAACAAUGGCCCACAUCUCGGUAGACUGCUGCAGCCCUUCACCAUGCGUCUCUCUGCCGGGCAUCCCUCUCAGCGUGCUGUCGGUGCCCAUGGAGGACAAGUACAAAUGCCAGCAGUGUCGCCAGGUGCUGAGGAAGCCGGUCCAGGCUAUGUGCGGACACCGCUUCUGUGUCCACUGCCUCCGCCUGCUCACCAGCUCUGGCCCCAAGCCUUGUGAAGCCUGUCGCCAGGAGGAGAUAUACGAGGAGCCUAUGUCCAUUCUGAACAGCGACCAGGCUUUCCCAGACAAUGCUGCUGGCAGGGAGAUCGCCAGCCUGCCAGCCAGGUGUCUCCACCAAGGAUGCACUUGGACGGGUUCAGUGAAAGAGUAUGAGGCGCAACACGAAGGCGUCUGUGAAUAUGAACAGGUCCAGUGCGAGGCCUGCAAGAACUUAAUCCUGCGCAUACAUAGGGAACGGCACGCCGACAGAGAAUGUGAAGCGAGAACGUUGAACUGCAAGUACUGCAAAGUGAGCUUCACCUACAACGAAAUAAAGGCCCAUGAUGAGACCUGUGUGAAGUUUCCUCUGCAGUGCAAGGAUUGCGGUAAGAAGAAAAUCCCCAGAGAAAAGUUCAACGACCACAGCAGAUCUUGUGCCAAGUCAAAAACGGCCUGUCCUUUCAGCGAAGUGGGCUGUAAAGCUGUGAUAGAGAACGGCAAGCCCAGCGACCAUGAGCAGGCCAGCACCAUGGAGCACCUGCGCCUGCUGCUGCCCAUGGUGCUGUCCCUGGUCCACGGGCGGGCCGACGGCCUGCCCGCCCUGGACUGGCAGGAGGACCCUGGCUGCCUGUACCGGGCUCCUGAGGAGGGGGCCCACGGGGGGGCCAGGGCCGCACCGGCCGCCGUCGACCUGGACAAGAAGGUGAGCGCCCUGGAGAACGUCGUGUGCGUGCUGAACCGCGAGGUGGAGCACAACUCGGUCACACUGGAGGCGUACUCCCACCAGCACCGCCUGGACCAGGACAAGAUGGAGAACCUGGGCAACAAGGUGCGGCAGCUGGAGCGCAUGCUGACCAUGCGCGACCUGCAGCUGGCCGAGACAGAGCAGCUGCUGCGCGAGAUGCAGUUCUGCACGUUCGACGGCGUCUUCGUCUGGAAGAUCUCCGAGUUCCUGCGCCGCCGGCAGGACGCGCUGGCCGGCCGCACGCCCGCCAUGUUCUCGCCAGCGUUCUACUCCAGCAAGUACGGCUACAAGAUGUGUCUGAGGCUCUACCUGAACGGAGACGGGACGGGGCGAGGCACCCACCUCUCCCUCUUCUUCGUGGUGAUGAGGGGGAAGUGCGACGCUCUGCUGAAGUGGCCCUUCAGCCAGAAGGUGACCUUGAUGCUGCUGGACCAGAACAACCGGGAGCACAUCAUCGACGCCUUCCGGCCCGACGUCACCUCCACCUCGUUCCAGCAGCCAAUCAGUGAGAUGAACAUUGCCAGUGGCUGCCCUCUGUUCUGUCCAUUGGCUAAGCUGGCGGGCAAGAGCUCCUACUUACGCAAUGACACCAUUUUCAUUAAGGCCAUCGUGGACCUGACCGGCCUCUAGGGGGUAGACUGUGGAAGCACUACGCCAAAAUAAAAUCUGAGACUAAUGAUUAUUAUAUAUAAAUAAGAUAUCUAGAAUAUUAUUAUAUUAUAUCCAUGUAAGCUAUACAUAAAUGCUUACUAUAUAUUUUUACUUCAUUGAUAUAUAUCAUAUAAAAUAUAUAUACAUAUAUAUAAAUAUAUAUGCAUAUGCUAAAUCAUUAGGAUUUGCCUCCAACAGCAGGUAAAGUGAAAGUGUAACCCUUAAGGGGGUAGUUCGGAAUUCCUGACAUAGGGCCUGAUUCCCAAGUUAGCCUUGGUGUUCUUUAUCAUUGGAGACAGUUUUCAACACAUUUCAGUCCUCCUAGUUGCAGAGUUUGCUUGUGCUAGGCUAGCGCACGGCAACGGGCAAUACUAUCCUGCUAAUAAAACAGUCUUACCCACUCCACAGUACACCCGAGGCAUAUCAACUAUAACGCCACACGGUCAAUGUAAAUGUCUGUGUUGAUAGAAUAAUGUUAGAAAUAAAACCAACCCUGCAUUGCAUUUUGAGGGACUGUUAUAUAAUAUUGCUGGUAGUAGGCUACGGCAGCAGCGGACUGAUACCUAGGUUAAAUUCCGCUGCUGCUGAGAAAGUAGUCCCUCAAAAUGCAAUGAUUCAUGCGAUGCAAGGUUAGUUUUAUUUCUAAAAUUAUUCUAUCGACACAGACAUUUACAUCUAUAGUCUGGGGUUAUAAUUGAUUUACCUCGGGUGUACUGUGGAGUUGGUAAGACUGCUUUAUUAGCAGGCUAGUAUUGCCCGAUGCCGUGCGCUAGCCUAGCACGAGCAAACUCUGCAAAUAGGACUGAAUGAAAUGUGUUAAACUGUCUCCAAUGAUAAAGAACACCAGGGCUAACUUUGGAAUCAGGCCCUACGUCCAAAUUUCCGAACUACCCCUUUAACCAUUUAUAUAAUUCUAACUAAAUAAUGCAUGUUGGAAUUUAUUGAGUUAGAAAGGUGUUUCCAAAGUGUUUACUCAAAACGAGGACUGCGUUAGAAAGUAUCUCAAGUUAAUCAGAUAAAAUAUAGCCCAAUAAUCUUUGACUUAUAUUCCAAAUAUAUUGGUUAUUUAAGCAUAGUUCCACAAUGUACCAACAUGGAUCUUAUAUUAGAUUAUUAAUGAAUAUAAAUUAGUAUUAUUAUUGUUAGGUUUUAUGGUGGUUGCGGAUGUUUGAAAGUUAUUUGCGUGUCAAGCUGAGCAAGUUAUUGGCUGUAAAAGACUCCCUCCAUAGAUAUCAUUUGAGUGACGAUACAGUACCCUUCAACACCAGAGAAUCAUAUAAGAUUCAAUAUUUAAUACCUGGUUUGGCAGCCUGUAGAAACAGGCUGCACUGUUUAAUCCAACCUACCUGCUGAUACAAUUUAUUUAUUGCAACGUUUUUGUAAUGGCAAAUAUACUGUAUAAUCUAAAACUUUCAGUUGAAGUGCAAAGAAUGGUUUGGGUGUGUUUUCCUAGAUAGCGUUUGGCUACUUAAUAUUUAACUAAUCAAUUCAGACGCAUAAAAGUCAGUUAUUUUUUCUAAUAAAUAAAAGGUGUUACGCUUUUUGUAUUUGCCACUUUGUACUUUUUUGCUGAAAAAUGUUUCCUUUGUUCAAAAAUGUUUCCUUUGUUCAUCUCAACUAAUAGAUACAAUCAUGUACAGUAAUGACUGCGCAUUGGGGCAUUAUCCCACUGCUUUUAAUACAAACACGGGGGCUUGCUUUUAUGAAACUUUUUUUUGAUGGUCACAAUUGGGUGUAGAAAAUCCCAGGCAGACCGUUAUCACUGCAGAUAAGAAUGUUCGUCAUUCCUACCUUUGACAAUGUAAGGUCACAGACUAAAAAGUGAUGAAGUGACCAUACAACCGAGACUAAGUAAGCAUGAGCUGUAAUGGUAAUGAUGUUAGCCAUCAGGUGGUUGCCGUUUGCCGUUUGCCGUUUAUUUUAUCAUUUCACAGCAAUUUAAACGCACACAUUUCGCAAACUCAGGCUGUUUAUUUAAAAUGGUCAACAAAAACAAAAAAAAAGCAGAUCUGAUGGAUGAAAAACAAACCCUUAAAUGAGUAUUCCACACAAAAACAAACACACUGAUAAAAAUCAAAUCACAUUCAACACUUGUCCAGGUCCGAGGUGGAAGGCAGUGAGGAGCAGAUGAAUGACUCGACCGGCCGCUCAGAGCACUGCAUCAUGACUGAGGUCAAUGCUUAGAGGGGGCCCUAGUUGCUCAUGCAGGGGACAUUGGUUCCCCUGGGCAUAAGGACACACUGGUGGUCCGGUUGCAUUAAGUGGGGAGAACAGACAGGCUGAGGGAGAGGUUUGAGAUGUCACUGAAGACCUCUGCUGUCGGGGUCAGCACAGCCCCUGAGGGCCUUGUGCCGUACAGGCCUGGUGCCCUGUGAGAGGACUUCCACCUUGGCUACAGUGAAUGUAGGCGAUCCAUUGGCUUGGCACUCAGGUGUGAGCAGGUGGACUGGGCCAAACUGUAGGCCCUCCCAUUGCAGUCUUGUCUUUGUUCUGGGUCCAGAGCUAUGGUCACUUGACCCCACCUUAGUCCUCUGUCCUUUUUGCUCCUCUGAUGGCCCUCCUGUACUGCUCAUGAUUCAGCAUGAUGCUGGUUGGUGGAGGAAGGACAUAACCAUUGAUGGAUGUUAAAUGGUUCUAAAAAUGUGAAAGAAAUAUAAAAAUAAAAAGUCAUGCAUUCAUGCACAUGGUGACUAUGGAAAAAAUAUAAAAUACUAUUCGCCCCCAUUACAGAUUAACCCAGAGGACUUUGCCGUCUUCAUUGAUUAAGGUCUUCUUUGUGCUAAACCUCAAUGACUUUUACUCCAUGAAAGCCAAAGUGCAGUUCCUGUGGUCAAUUUCAAGUACUAUUCCAUUUUAAAUAUUUUGACAUGAUACGAUUUGGUUUCAUAUUAGUUCCAAACUCAAUUUAAAUUGAGCCGUGAUCCACAACGGGGCAUUGAGGCUGUGUUCCAUUUCUAAUGGGUAUUAACAAGAAACGAUACAAAUAUGGCUGUCGAUACCUGGCAAUAAAAACAACAUGGGAGAUGUUCACAUGCAAAAGUAAAACACACGAUUUGCCAAAAUACAUCCUUAGAAAAGGAAAAUGUAGAUGUUUGCAAAAGAAAAACGCCCAAUAUAUUGCUAUAGGAGUUGACCUCGAGAAGAGAACAUCCGAUGAAUGCGGGCCAACAUGAAACCCAGUACCCUUCUCAGUACUGGGCUGAAUGGGUACUGAAGGAUGACACAUCUCAAGGAGGAUACGCAUCACUUGGAGCCAAACCUUGGUGUGGCUGGUUUUGUUCAGACUUAAGGAAUUCCGCGGAUGAUGAAGCGUGAUGCUAUUUGACUCACUGUGAACUCUUGUUGAACUUAACCACUCAUUUAUUUCGGUUAUUUCACUUCAGUUCUUAGUAAACGUUAAGCUAUGCAUAUAUGGACCUGCUCCAACUGACGUCUUCAUUGAAGGCAAAAGUGAAGCAACCACAAUGUAGUCAUGUUCGUACAAACUUCUGUUGAGAAAGAAUCGGUUACGGGCUAAAAACCUCAGAAUAUGCCACUGAUGUUGAAAGCUUGAGAACAUUGGUAUUGGGAAAGACUUCUUGCCUUAAGCAAAUUCCAUCCAUAAAAUAACUUAUUUUCGAUGAAAAGGGAUUUAGUGGGUUACAUAGUAGUGCUAUGGAUUGAUCUUGGUCCAAAUCCCUUCUGAAUUAAUGUGAAUCCAUCUGGCCAGGCUUCACGUAAGGCAUAUGUGGCCGAACACCAAAUACAGUGGUUUUGACCUAUCUGCAUCCAUCUCUGAGGUACUAUGUGAUCUACGUGAUGGACAGAUGCUUCAUCCAUCCACAAAGUAGUAUUUCUUUGAAGGUUUCCGCCUUCUUCCAAACAGUUUCCAAGGACGACUUUACAUAUGUUUCUGUGUAACAAACCAUCAUGUAGGGCUAACAGGAUAAGUUGUAAAUAUGGACUCCAAUUUCCCUCCAUCAGUUAAACACGUGCUAUUGCAUCAGUUACAAGUUAUAGGCCAUUAGCGUUAGGCCAUUAUGGGUUACCAGGGUUAGGGUUAGGCCACUAUGGGUUACCAGGGAUAGGGUUAGGCCAUUAUGGGUUACCAGGGUUAGGGUUAGGCCAUUAUGGGUUACCAGGGUUAGGGUUAGGGUU